AUGACGCUGGGGCCAACCAGAGAGGUCAACAGAAGGGAUGAGGGGGCUCUUCACGAGACUGCCCUGCGGUACCCGGGGGCAAUCGUCUCAUUUACUCCAAAGGCUUGCUCGCUCCCAGAUCUCCUUCUACGCCGCCGGAAAGGUCGCACGGGCGUGUCCACACAGCCAAAGUCAUUGGCCAGAGAUCAUACGUUCCAAGUAG